CAGUGGGCAAAGCUCAAAGCUUUUUUCUUUCCCCCCCCUCUCUCUCUCUUCAUUCAUAGUGGAGAGAAAUUCCGCAACUGAUCAUUCUCUGCUCAUCUUCACCUUCAGCUCAAACUUGCUUUGCCAAAUGCUUAUAGUGAGCUAACGUGCGAGGUUUUGGUGAAAUGAGAGCGAGAGCGUGUUUUUGAAGUUAUCCAGGGGCGGAAAUGGAUCACAAGUCGUGGCUAUGGAAGAAGAAAUCUUCAGAAAAGAAUAAUGUAGUUGAUGGUGAGACCAGAAGGCUAUCCUUUAGCAGGAAUGAAGAGGAGGUACAUAUGCUUUUGAAUGGUAAAGCAGAAUUGGAGAGAGAGAUAAAGGAUUUGAAUGAUAAACUUUCUUCUGCUCUCUCCGAGUGUAAUGCGAAAGAUGAUUUUGCACAGAGACAAGCAAACAUUGCACAGGAAGCAAUUGCAGGUUGGGAGAAGGCAGAGGCAGAAGCAAUAUUCGUGAAACAAGAACUUGAAAAAGCUCUUUAUGAGAUAGAAGCUGGUGAUGAGAGAUUAGUUAAUUUGGAUGCAGCGCUAAAGGAAUGUAUGCAGCAGUUGCGUUCUGUGCGAGGAGAGCAGGAGAAGAGGAUCCAUGAUGCAGUGUUUGAAACAUCCAAAGAAUUUGAGAAAACAAGGAUUGUGUUGGAGGAAAAAUUAGCAGAGGCCGGCAACAGGCUUGCAAAAUUAGGGGCUGAAAAUAAUCAACUCAGUAAGGCUCUCUUGGCGAAGGAAAAGGUUAUUGAAAAUUUAAGUGCUCAAAGGGCUCAGGCAGAAAGAGAAUUCAAUUCUCUGAUGACUAGACUUGACACUUUAGAAAAGGAGAAUGCUUCUCUAAAGUAUGAGGUCCGUGUCAUUGAGAAGGAUCUUGAGAUCCGAAAUGAGGAGCGAGAAUUUAAUCGUAGAACAGCCGAUGCUUCACACAAGCAACACCUGGAGAGUGUAAAAAGAAUUGCAAAAUUGGAAUCUGAAUGCCAAAGGCUGCGGCUUCUUGUUAGGAAGAGGUUGCCAGGCCCUGCUGCCAUGGCCAAAAUGAAGAAUGAAGUUGAAAUGCUGGGCAGAGAUCAAGGUGAAACAAGGAGAAGGAAGUCAAAUCCUUCUCCAUUUGGUUCAAUGGACUCCACAGGGGAUGUGGCUCCUGAUACACCCAACAAAAAAAUUGACUUGCUGACUGAGCAAUUGUGCAUGAUGGAAGAAGAAAAUAGGCAUCUCAGAGAAGCCCUUGAUAGAAAGGCAAAUGAAUUCCAACUUUCCAAAGAUAUGUAUGCUCAUGCUGUUUCCAAAUCAUCACAGGCUGAAGGGCAGUUCAAUAAAAUCCCAACAAAUUGCUUAGCCGUGGAUGCAGAGAAACAUCUACAAUCUGCCCAAGAACACUCUGUUAUGUCAUUGUCUGAUGUGGGCAGUGAUGAUAAAGCAAGUUGUGCCGAGUCCUGGGCCUCUGCUUUGAUAUCAGAGCUGGAGCAUUUUAAGAAUGAAAAGCAGACAGGAACUCCGUCUUAUAAAAACAUUGGAGCUUCUGACAUGAAUCUGAUGGAUGACUUUGUAGAGAUGGAAAAGUUAGCUGUGGAGAUCGUAGAUAACUCUACUGCAACUCAUUCUUACACUUUACAUAAAGAUUGUGCAGUUGACGGGGUCCAAUCCCAGCCUAGUGGACAUUCUGUAGAUGCAGCUGACAGAGAGCAAGCUCCAGUGAGUGACUGUCUAUUAGAGCAUUCGGCAUCUACCCAGAAUUUUCAGUCUGAAGACAUAUCAAAUAAUCAUGUUUCUAGUUUACUUGAAGUGCUCCUUGAGCAAUCCCGCACAAUGCAAAGAAAUCCCAAUGAUAUACUAGAAGACAUCAAAAUUGCUUUGGCACAUAAAUCUCCUUCAGAUCUGAAGUUUGUAGGUGCCAAGGAAAGCUCAAUUUAUUGUGAUACACCGUAUCCUCCACCUAAAGUUGGUGAGUUCGUUUCUUUGGGAUCUCCAGAUGAGUCUAGAAGGGGGGAUUCACCACAUAAAGAAACAAGGGAUAAUUUGUCAGCAGCAAAUAAGAGCAACCAUGAGAUCCAGUCACAUAUAGGUCCAUCCAUUACCAAAGUAAUUGAAAUCAUAGAAGGGGUUUUACCAUAUAGGGAUUCAGACACACAAACUGACUUCACGGUUCGUCAUUUCCAGUGGAAAACUUCUGAGCUCUCUGUGAUUUUGCGAGAAUUUGUCCAAAUUUGCCACAACUUAUUGGAUGGGAAUGCUGACUUUGAGAAAUUUGCCGAGCAGUUAACUUGUACCUUGGAAUGGAUUGUCAACCAUUGUUUCUCCCUUCAGGAUGUUUCAAGCAUGAAAGAUGCAAUCAAAAAUCAUUUUGACUGGGAUGACUUGCAAAGCGAGUGUGAGGUGGAACCUGGGAUGAUUAGUCACAUAUCAGAAGUAAAGAAAGUUCAUGUCUGUGGAGAACCAUCAUCAGACUUGAUAGUUGCUUCUUGUGACCAUGAAGGAUCUUCAGAAGUGAAAGAAAUUCCACUAAUUGAAAAUGAUGGAUGUAGAAUAUAUAAUAAUGAAUUUGCACAAGAGGAAACCAUGAAGGAGGAUCUAGAUUGGAAACUGCAAUCAAAGACUGUUGAAACUGAUUCGUUGAUGAUUCAGCUUCAAGAAUCAGAAAGCAUAAUCAAAAGCUUGCGACUAGAAGUAGAAAACCUUAGGGAUUUAAAGUUGAUGAUUGAGGAACAAGCUGAAAAAGACAAGCUUAUGAAAGAAGACCUUGAGAUGGAGCUCACAGCAACCAAACUGGAAUUAAAUGAAGCUUACCAGAAAUAUUCUCAUCUAGAAAAGGAAAUGGAGAGCAGAAAAAGCUCAUCUAGAGAGCCUGGGUCUGCACAUGAUAAACUUCAGUUCUAUGAAGAAAGCAUCUCAAACAAAGAAAUUCCUCAGCAUGAUGUGGACAAUGAAGAAAAGCUACUCCAACAUGACCGGGAUAUCACAGCAGCUUCGGAAAAGUUGGCAGAGUGCCAGGAAACUAUUUUAAACCUGGGAAAGCAGCUGAAGGCAUUGGCUACACCGAGGGAUGCAGCCCUUUUUGAUAGUGUCAUCCCUGUCACCGCCUAUAGCAGCACUGAUACAGUGACAAAUCCUAACAAGGACCUGGGGCGUCGCACAUCUCUUCUCGACAAAAUGAUAGAUGAGGACAAUGAUAGUCGAGGUCGUAAGGCUCCUAGUACCAAGGAACUUAUUUUGAAUGGCAAUCCCCAUCCUGCUUCUGGUGCCAACAAUGCAAUAGAACAUCCAGAAGAGGUUAGAUCUCCAAACGGGAAUCGAAAUGCAGCAGAUGAAGAUCUUGUUGCUGUCGGCUCCUUAGCUAUUGUUCCCAGUAAGAAAAAGAAUGGAGGAUUGUUGAAAAAGAUAUUUUCCAGGAAGAAACAUUGUUGCAAAACGACCCUCUCAUGAGCCUCAAAAUGGUAAGACCAAUCUUCGGAAUGAAUCUGAGUGUGCUGACAGAAAAUUUGUUUGACUUUCACUCCUAUCUUGCUUGUAGUGGGGAGUAAAUUUUGUGUGCCCUUUUUCAGCUUUUCCCCCCAUAAUAUUUUGUAAAGUAUCUUUAUUCUGCUUGUAGCAGUUUCUGCACUCCUUUUGUGUGCAUAUAUGCAGAAACAUGUACAAAGAUAACUACAUUCAGAACCACGCUUGAUAAUGAAGUUCCAUUGCUCAGAGUUCA